GGAACGCAUCCAAAUCGGUUUUUAAUUCAAAUCAUAGCCCAUUAAUAAAAGUUCUCUUUAUUAAAUAUGUUCUUGCGAAUAUCGUUUGUGGUUGGAAUGCUGUGUGUAUGGUGCGUCAUAGGUGAAACUAUGCCAAAAGUGAUGAGUAAUCAAUCGAAAAAGAAUAAUACCAAAGCUGAGAUGAAAAUGGAAGUAAAAAUCGAUGAAAAAGCAAGAGCAACACGUCAACUUGAUCCAGGUGCAUGGAAUCCAAUUGGACAACCACCACCAUUGCCGGCUGUCUGGGCACCACGACCACAAUCACCAUUGUAUACAUGGUUUGGUGCACCAUGGUUCGACGGUCUUAAUGGUGUGAUUCGAAUUCGUCCACCAACCGCAUUUUUGCCACCAGGCGAUUUUGAAAUUUACGAUCAUCACAAACAUCACGAUCAUCAUAAACAUCAUGAGCAUCAUCAUCAUACACCACUCUACUCUCAAUCUUUGCUCCAAAGACCAUAUCCACUAGCACCAUUUACUCCUGGUCUUCAAGCAACGUCGGGUAUAUACAUCGCUCAAAAUGCUGGGGCAGUUCACAUUGCCCCAUUACCAGGACAUGCUGAAUCAGUAAUUGCAUCGAAUUUACAGACCGCCGCCGGUACCUUUCGCGCGCCAGGACAAUUUGUAUCGCCCGACGCAGCAAUUGCGAUCGAUGGACCAAUACCCCCAGGACAACCAAUCAAUCCAAUCAUCGGUGCGGCGCUCCAACCAGCCCCGUUCAGACAACCAAUAGCUCGAACGUGGUAGGUAACACGAGCACAACCGGAAGGGAUUAUAUAGGGAAAUAAAAAUUCUCAAAAAAUUCAAUUCGAUUUUAUAUAAAAAAAAUCAUUGACUAUGUAAGUUUGAAAUGCUCAUAGAUUGCAAGAGUUAAGAUAUGAAAAAUAGCCAAUGACAAUAAUUUCUUAAAAUAAAAUAAUUCAUUUGAU